AUGUCCCGUAAGGUGACCACUACAACCGUGACCACCGAUUCUCCCGGUGUGUCUGGUAGUUCGUCGUCCCAAACUGGUUAUACAUCUCCACGCCGGACUAGGGCCCCAUCUCCGGCCAGACUUACUCGGAUUCAAGAGAAAGAGGAGCUGCAAUCUCUUAAUGACCGCUUGGCCAACUAUAUUGACCGGGUUCGAUACCUGGAAGGGGAAAAUAGCCGUCUUAUGGUUCAGGUUAAAUCGUCCGAAGAAACUGUUUCCCGUGAGGUGACCAAUAUCAAGUCAUUGUAUGAGUCCGAACUUGGAGAUGCUCGGAAACUACUCGAUGAAAUGGCCAAGGAGAAAGCCCGUUUACAAAUUGAGUCUGGAAAAUACAAAGCAGAAGCUGAUGAGUGGAUGAACAAGUAUAACCGCAAGGAUCGGGAAUUAGCAAGUGCCCAGAAGAAAUUGGCCGAUUUGGAGAGUUUAGUGAAUGACCUUCAGGCCAAACUUGCUGAUGCUGAGAAUGCCAAAAAGCAUCUUGAGAGUCAGAAUGCUACCCUCCAUACAGAUCUUGCUACUUUGGAGCGUCAACUUGCCACUGCUCGGAAGCAGUUGGAAGAUGAAACACUGCUUAGGGUGGAUCUGGAGAACCGUUUGCAAAGUUUCAAAGAGGAUAUGGCCUUCAAGUCACAAGUCUUUGAGCGGGAAUUGAAUGAGACUCGUACUCGUACUACAAUGUCCACUGAAGAGGUUGAUGGUGGCCUCAAUUCGGAAUAUGAAGACAAACUUGCUGAUGCUUUGCGGGAAAUGAGAGAAGAACAUGAUACUCAUUUGCAGUUGGUUCGUGAAGAAAUUGAAAAUUUCUAUGAAACUAAGUUGUCCAGCCUCCAGACUCAACUUGAGAGAAACUCUAAUUCUUCCAGUGUUAUUCGUGAAGAAUUGAAAUCCGCAAAGAGGCGCAUUGAUGAUCUUUUGGCCGAGAUCAAUAGCGUGAAAGCUCAGAAUGCCCAAUACCAAAAACGCAUUACUGACUUGGAGAAUCAACUUGAACGCGAUUCUGCUGAAUUCCAAGCUCAACUUGCUGCCCGUGAUGAAGAGAUCAAACAGCUCCGUGAAUCUUUGGCUGAGCUCACUGAAGAAUCAGCUGAACUGUGGAGUAUCAAGGUUAAACUUGAUAUGGAGAUUGCUGCCUAUAGGAAAUUGUUGGAAGGAGAGGAGGAGAGGUUGAACUUGUCGGCCUCAGACACUACUCCUUCAAAAUCUGUUUCUCGCAGCGUUCGGAGUUCCAAAAAACGAAAACUGGCUGCAGAGACAGCUGAAGAAACAAGAUCUUCAUCUUCUAACCAAGGUUAUGCAUCUAAAGCAUUAAGUAAAUCUUCUCUGAGCAUUGAAGAUGUUGAUACUGAUGGAAAAUACAUCAAAAUAUCAAAUUCUGGUGACAAGGAAAUUUCCAUUGGUGGCUGGCAACUCAAGCAUGAUGCUGGAGAGGAUGAAACUGUUUUCAAGUUCCAUCGUCAAGCCGUUUUGAAACCUGGUGCAUCAGUAACAGUCUGGAGUGCUGAAAGUGAUCAAACACACAACCCUCCAACUGAUUUGGUGAUGAAAUCUCAAAAGUGGUUUGUAUCAGACUCUAUGAAAACCACAUUACUGAAUACCGGUGGAGAGGAAAUGGCUUCUCGUGAAAUGUCCAAGUCUGUCCUCCGAAGUGUGGAAAGCUUCAGGAGCAGUUUAUCUCGGGAUGAUGGAACUGAAAGUCCUGAACGGGAACGAAUUACAUAUUCCCGUCGUCAUCUUACUCCUGCUCAACAGAGGAAAGGCUGGUUAUUCUGGUAA